AGUUGGGGGUGCGGCUCAGUCCCCCCUUUUUUCCUCCCCUCUCCAACCCUGCUCCCCUCGGACCUGCCCUCCGGGUCGUGCCAGGCGCUGGGACCCGCACCCUCCGCCCCGGUUCCCCCCUCCCCGCCCCCGGCCACCCCCGCCCCGGCAGUGCGCAGGCUCGGCCGGGCUCCGCACACCCCAUCAUGGCGCUGCGGCUGCCGGCGGUUCUCCUGCUACUGCCUCUGCUCGGCUGCAGACUCUUGGCUGUGGAGCUGACAUCCAGCAACACCAAGCCCGUGGUGCAGGAAUUCCAGAGUGUUGAGCUGUCCUGUAUCAUCAAAUCCACUGUAACACCAGAACCCAGAAUUGAAUGGAAGAAGAUCAGAAAUGGAGAAACCUCUUACGUGUUUUUUGGGAACAAAAUGCAGGGAGACUUUGUGAGUCGUGCAGAAAUUCUGAGCCGGACAUCUCUGGUGAUUAAAAAUGCCACCAGGAUGGACACUGCCACGUAUCGUUGUGAAGUGGCAGCACCUGCUGAUACCAAAAUCAUAGAUGAGAUAAACAUCCAGCUGACAGUCCAAGUGAAACCAACGAUUCCCAGAUGCACUGUGCCUAAAGCUGUACCUGUUGGCAAGUCAGCCUCCCUCCACUGCCACGAGAAUGAAGGGUACCCAAAGUCCACCUACAGCUGGUACCGCAACAGCGAACCUUUGUCACCAGACACAAAAUCCAGCAGACUCCACAAUUCCUCCUACACCUUGAACCCCACCACAGGCACUCUGGUUUUCCAUGCUGUGCACAAGGGGGACACGGGCCGGUACUCCUGCAUAGCCACAAACGAUGCUGGCUUUGCCAAGUGUGAGGAGCAGGAGAUGGAAAUCUAUGACCUCAAUAUCGGUGGGAUAAUUGGUGGAGUCCUGGUGGUCCUGGCAGUUUUGGUGCUCAUCACCCUUGGCAUCUGCUGCGCCUACAGAAGAGGUUAUUUUGCAAACAGCAAAGAGAAUGGGGAAAGCUACAAGACUCCAGCAAAACCUGACGGCGUUAACUACAUCCGGACAGAUGAUGAGGGUGACUUCAGGCACAAGUCUUCAUUUGUCAUCUAAGGAAGCCAAAAGAAUACUGCAAACCAGCAUAAAGCAAGUGUGAAAAUACCUCCUCCAGGAACUCCAAACGAGAGCAAAAGGUGAAUUAAGUGCGCUUGGAAGAGUUUGGAACACACAAGAACUCGAUAGCUAGCUAUCUGUGUAUCUUUUUUUCUUUGCCAAAGUUUAAAAGUAACUCCUCACUGCCCAACUUGUGUCUGCCCUGCCUCUGGAGAUACCAACAGGAUCACCUAAACCUGCCCUUGGACUAAGGAAGCGUUUUAAUACUUCCCAAGAGACUGGGCUGGGGAAGUUUGUGGAAUUGUCUUCUGUUUGUGCUGCAGGGACACAGGCACAACAACCAACACCAACCAGGGGAACAGCCUUAGGGAAACGUGUAGUAGAUGUUACUGGUAGAGAUUACCAGUAGACACACACAAAAAAGGUGCUUGAUACAGCAACAGAUGGACUUCAAAGAAUUAAGAUUUAUCCAUGCAAGGGGGUGUCUUGUUGCCCAGGCCUGGCUGGUGACUUUUCCAUGUUUUGAGAUGAUCUUGUGCUUUUGACUUGACUGUCAGGUGCAGAACGAGGUAUCUGAACAGUGCCAGGUACCCACACAGUGAAUGCAACUAAUGUUCUCAGCCCUUUUUUUUUUUGGUAAAAACUUACUGAAUGCUUCUCUGUCCCUUUAACACAAGACACGGGCAGCAUCAGGCCAGGGUUGUUUCUGUUCCCUGCUUUAGAGCAAACUGGUUGCACCCAGGUAACCCCUCUCAGUCUAAUCUGCAUGAAGCAGGCUGCCCUUCUGCAUCUUCUGGGGGUUGAAAGAGGCUUAAAGAGGAGGCAGAGAACCUUAGUGCUAAGACAUCCCUUUCAGGAAAAAUAAAGCCAAAUACUUUCCUGGGCUAAGAUGGCCACAAAAGGUACUGAGAUAUCUACAAGGUUUUUUUACCUUCUCCAUUUAUUUUGUAAAAUCCCACACUCUAAAUUUUUUGCAAAGAUAUAUUUUGAUUACUUCAGAAAAGGUAACAUUUCUAUUUCAAGUGUAAAUACAGGAUGCCAGCAGUGUUUAAGUAACGUAGCUAUUUUUUUUUUUACUUUUUAAGCUACAGAGAGGAGCUCAAACAUUGCUAUAGUAUGGCACUGUCAGAGCAUAUCAGUAUUAUUGCAAAGCCUGAUUAAAAAAACUGCAGGUAGAACAGCAUCUCUUUCCUCUUAAGCUAGCUUCAGCAAUUUCCUUGUCACAAAAGGUCUUACCAGACACAGAACAGAGUCACUCAGGGAUAGUUUUUGUAAAUUUAUGGCAGGAGCUAUCAACUUUUAUAUAUAUAAAACUUCAGUUUUCUUGCCAGUGACCAACACUUCCUUUUUGUUGUUGCAAGAAAUAUCCAGGGAUGGCUUUCAGAUUCAGUCUCAACAAGGUGACAGAGUGACUUCAAUGACUGCUACCCCUCUGCAAGCCCCACAGAGCAUUAACACAGGGUGACAGCUAUGGCAACUUCACAGGUUUAAACCACACAGCCAAGGCAACUGGAAGUGGGAAAGCAAAAAGGUCAAGACACAAGCACUUUUGUGGUGUCAGUUGCAACUUUUCUCUAGCUGGUAAAAGAAAAUAAUAAUAAUAAUAAUAAUAAAAAGAAAACAAAUCUAGUUCUCUUGGCUUUAGAGAGAAUAAUUGGAAUCACAUGUUUCCCAGAAACAUGUAAGUGGAUAGUGUUGAACAGCACUGGGUAAUGUCAGACUGCAAGAUGUGGAUGCAACACUAGAACUGUGCUGUGGUUUAUGAAUUUUUAAAAAUGUAGCAGAAUUUAGUGUUCUUGUAUUUUCCAAUAUGAAUUGAGUUGUCUUAACUUUUCCUGUAUACAGUAUUUUGGAUACUUGAUGAUUUGGACUGUCGGUGUUAUCUUUUAUUUUAAUUUUUUUUUUUUUUUAGUGUUCUGCAUUAAUCUGCUUUGUUUCCUUGCUGGACAUGCUAUUGCUGCAUUUGUUUUGCCUAAACAAAUAUUACCACUUCCUUCUUUCCCUAAUGAAAGUAAAAAUAAGGAUGGGGGCAGCAAUAACCAUCUGUUCUCUGGGUAACUCAGGCUGAGUAACUACCACUGCUCUCUUUCCUUGUGGUUACCUCCUCCAGACAUGCUCCUGUACUGCUCACUCUUAAAACAGUCUGACAGUAGCAAGUGGAACAUUCCUUUGCACCUUCUGCAUCUCCACAACCCCUUUUCUUAUGCUGCUUUUAGGAUCCCUAUCAGAAGGGAAAGGAAAGGUUUGAGCAGGGUAUAGCUCUGAGAGCACAAUCUACAGUCUCACCAUGAACCAAAGGCAGCCUUCAUGUGAAAAGCCAACCAGCAAAGAAUCAAGACUUUUAACUUUUCUGUUCUAAAAUGUGACAGUGGCAUCUCUAACGAGAGAGGGGGGAGAUGAUGAUGAUCCCCCCUCCCCCGAUCCAGCUCAUGAGAUCUGACUGAUGGAAUUCCUUGUAUCAUUGUGAAUAAUCUUCAGGUUUGUACUAAUGUAUUAAGUUUUAACUUUGCAAAGACUGUUUUACAUAAAUACCAAGCUAUAAUG